UACGUUUCUAUUUCUUUGUUUUGGGUUUAGUCACUUAAUGGGCAUCAAUCUCAUCGUCACCAUCAUCCUACAAUCACUCUUCCUCCUCUCCAGAUUCUCUCCUUCUUCUUCUUCUUCCUCUUCUUCUUCAAUCGCCACUCGCCACCCAUGAAGAGGCUAGUGGGAUUGCUUUUGCUUGUAGCAGUAAGUAAUGCUAUUGAAGUCUACAGAAGUGUAGAAGAAGGCGAAUGCAAUUCCGAAAGACAUUUGAUUCCUCGACCUCAUAGCGUUUCAAUUUUAGAAUUUGGCGCAGUUGCGGAUGGAAAAACGUUAAAUACAGUCGCCUUUCAAAAUGCAAUCUUUUAUCUCAAAUCCUUCACCGAUAAAGGCGGCGCUCAGCUGUAUGUUCCCUCCGGCAAAUGGCUCACCGGAAGCUUCAACCUUACUAGUCAUCUCACUCUCUUCCUCGAAAAAGACGCUGUCAUUCUUGCAUCACAGGAUAUUGAUCAUUGGAAGGUUAUUGACCCCUUACCUUCUUAUGGUCGUGGUAUGGAUCUCCCCGGUCAAAGAUACCGGAGUUUAAUCACCGGUGAAAAUCUCAGCGACGUUGUCAUUACAGGGGAUAAUGGAACGAUUGAUGGGCAAGGUUCUAUAUGGUGGAAUAGUUUCGAUUCCAAUACUUUGAAUCACAGUCGUCCUCAUAUUGUUGAGUUUAUCAACUCCAAAGAUAUUGUUAUUUCGAAUAUAACCUUCUUAAAUUCCCCUGCCUUUACUAUUCAUCCAGUAUAUUGCAGUAAUGUUCUUGUUCAAAAUAUAACGGCGCUGUCUCCAGCUGAGUCGCCUUACACAAGUGGCAUCGUUCCAGAUUCUUCUGAUAGUGUUUGCAUUGAAAAUAGCAACAUUACAAUGGGUCACGAUGCGAUUUCACUAAAAAGUGGUUGGGAUGAAUAUGGAAUCACAUACGGAAAGCCAACUACAAAUGUUCACAUUAAAGGUGUUCGAUUACAGUCUUUUAAAGGGUCGGCUUUGGCUAUAGGGAGUGAAAUGUCGGGUGGAAUCUCUGAAAUACUUGUGGAAAACGUAAAAUUACACGAUUCCGUUGCCGGAAUCGCGAUUCUAACGUCGAAAGGGCGAGGCGGUUACAUCAAAGGAAUCGUGGUUUCCGAUGUUGAUUUUGAAAACGUUGUUUUGGCGAUUAAGUUAUCCGGUGAUUCCGAUUCUCAUCCCGAUGAUAAGUAUAAUCCGGAUGCGGUUCCGGUGGUAGAAGGAAUCACAUUUAAGAACAUGGUCGGAAUUAAUAUUACAGCAGCCGGGAUUCUUUCAGGGAUUGUUGAAUCCCCGUUUACUUCAAUCUGUCUUUUGAAUCUCUCUCUUGAAUUGAACCCUGAAUUAUCGUCAUCUUCUUCACCAUGGACAUGUUCUUAUGUAUCUGGUUUUUCUGAAAACGUGUCUCCAUUACCUUGUCUUGAACUCCAAACGAUUCCAUUGAAUUCUUCGGUUUGCUUUUCAAAUUCACAUAAUCUUGUUGAUGUUCUAUGAGUUAUAAACAUUCAAAAUCAUUAUCAUUUGUUGGUGGAACAUGUGGAAUGAGGAUCAUAUCGUGUUCUGCUUAAUUUGUUAAAGUCGGAUGAGAAAUCUUUCUUUGAUUCUGAUGCUACUGCUUGCUUAGAUUCAAGCGUACAAGUUCUGGAAGCAGUAAUUAAAGAUGAAUUCUUUCGAAGGUCUGGUUUGUGUACAGCCUUGUUUCGUUUAUUUUAAUGUGUAAGAAAAGUUUUGUAGUGGCUUUUUCUUAUACGUCUCUUAUUCUCAUUCAUCAUGUUAUUCUUCUCGUAUUUUUAUUUUUCUUUGACUGCAUUCCGAAUGUAAAUUUCAUUAUUGGGUUUCGAAUUAAAGAUUGUUAAAUGUUA